AUGACUCAAAGCGAUAGCACCUUGGAAAAAAGCACCGGUAUCGUUGCCGACCAGAAAUAUGCAGAUGUGCUUUACAACCAUAAAAUCUACCAUUUCUACAAGCACCUCAGUGAAAAACACGCUGCGCUGAACAAAAAGUGUGGAGACAUCUCAGAGAGCAUCUGGCCAAACUUGACUGGCGAUACUCUUGUGGGGCCUGAGAAGAUCGGGUUACGUUCGGGUUCGUUGUACACUAUUGACGAUAAGUUUUUGACGGAAUUCGACGACGUGGACGAGCUCCAGGAAGGUGAACAUAACUCUGGAUACACGUUUUUCCACUUGGGAUCGAGGAUCUCUGGUCAUCCAAAGAUCGUGCACGGUGGUCUUUUGGCUACGUUGUUGGACGAGUUGACGUGCCGUGUGGCGUUCCAGAACUUCCACUCGAAGAAGGGUGUUACUGCCAACUUGAACAUCAAGUACUUGAAGCCAUGCUUUGUGAAUUCGUAUGUUUUGAUCAAGUGUACGUUUGUGAACAAGAAGGGCCGCAAGUGUAUCACCAAGGGCCAGGUUUUCAAGCUUGAUUUGGACGCUGAAAUAGACGGUGAUAUUGGCGAAUACGUGGAGAGCAAGGAGAACUUGUUGACCGAAGCCGAGUGUCUUGUCAUUGAGCCUAAGUGGGUCGAGGAGCUCCACGACCAGGCUAAACAGGCCGUUGCUACCCAGAACGGCGGCUGA